AUGACUUCUUCCAUGUCCUUCCGUGCACUCUCUUCUUCCUCCUAUUCUACUAAUACCUCUCCGUGGCUUUACGAUGCAUUCUUGAGUUUUAGAGGAGAAGAUACUCGCAAUACUUUUAUUGCCCAUCUCCAUCAUGCUUUGCUUCAAAAUGGCAUCCACACCUACAUAGAUGAGGAUGAGCUUCGAAGAGGUGAUGAAAUCUCACCUGCACUUCUCCAAGCCAUUGAAAAUUCACGUCUUUCAAUUAUCGUGCUCUCAGAAAACUAUGCAUCAUCUACUUGGUGCUUGGAUGAAUUGCUCAACAUUCUCAAUUAUGUGAAGAAGGUGCAGAGGUGGAAGGCAGCCCUACAAGAAGUGGCUAAUUUGGCUGGAUACGAGUUGGAAAAUGGGUAA